CUUAUCAUUUAGAAAUGGGUGUGACCAACUUGUAAACUGCGAGCGUUGACAAACCAGUUCAGUGCUGAUCAGAAUGCAGUUGUGCAACAUAAGAGGGUUUGGCUUCCUCUGCGACACAUAUAUUUCUCUCAGUAAGUAAAACUCUUGAGUCCAUUUCUGGCUUUGAGUGGUGAAAUGGCGCAGCAAAGAAAUCAAGCAAACGAGAAGAAAUUCUCAUGUUCGGUCUGUCUGGAUCUACUGAAGGAUCCAGUGACUAUUGCCUGUGGACACAACUACUGCAUGAGCUGUAUUCAAACUCACUGGGAUAUAGAAGAUCAGAAGACAAGUUACAGCUGUCCUCAGUGCAGACAGACUUUUUACACAAGGCCUGCCCUGGUGAAGAACACCAUGUUGGCAGAAUUAGUGGCGGAACUGAAGAGGACUGGACUCCAAGCUCCUCCAGCUGAUCACUGCUAUGCUGGACCUGGAGAUGUGGCCUGUGAUUUCUGCACUGGGAGGAAGCUGAAGGCCUCCAAGUCCUGUCUGCAGUGUCUGGCUUCUUACUGUGAUCAACACCUCCAGCCUCACUAUGAAUCUCCUGCUUUUAAAAAACACAAACUUUUGGAGGCCUCAGUUAAUCUUCAGGAGAACAUCUGCUCCCGUCAUGAUGAGGUGAUGAAUAUUUUCUGCCGCACUGACCAGCAGUGUAUCUGCUUUCUCUGCUCACUUGAUGAACAUAAAGGUCACAACACAGUCUCAGCUGCAGCAGAGAGGACGGAGAAGCAGAAGGAGCUUGGUGAAAGUUGGCAAAGAAUCCAGCAGAGAGUCCAGGACCUAGAGAAAGACUUGAAGGAGCUUCAGCAAGAAACAGAGACCAUCAAUCGCUCUGCUGAUAAAUCAGUGGAGGACAGUGAGAAGAUUUUUACUGAGUUGAUCCAACUCAUUGAGAAGAGACGCUCUGAUGUAAAGCAGCAGAUCAGAUCCCAGCAGAAAAUAGAUGUGAGUGGAAUCAAAGAUCUUCAGGAGAAGCUGUACCAGGAGAUCACUGAGCUGAAGAGGAAAGAUGCCGAACUGGAGCAGCUUUCACGUACAGAGGACCACACCCACUUUCUUCACAGUUACCGUACACUGUCAAAACUCCCUGAGUCUACAGACUCACCAAGACCAAACAUCUACUGUCUGCAGUACUUUGAGGAUGUGGCAGAAGCUCUGACAGUAGCCAGAGAUAAAAUGUAUGCAAUUUUUACUGAGACAUGGAGUUUUGCAGAACCAACGACCAGAGCUCAGUUCUUACGAUAUUCACGUGCAAUCACACUGGAUCCAAACACAGCAGGUACAUUUCUGGUGUUAUCAGAGGGGAAUAGAAAAGUAACAUUUGAUGGAAACAAUAAAACAUAUCCUGAACAUCCAGACAGAUUCUUCCUCAGACCUCAGGUCUUGAGUAAAGAUGGACUAACUGGACGUUGUUACUGGGAGGUGGAGGUGAGCAGGGUUGCUGAUGUAGCAGUCGCUUACAAGAGUAUGAGAAGAUCAGGAAACUUUCAUGCAUAUGCAUUUGGAUACAAUGAGAAGUCUUGGGCGCUGCUUUGUCACAGUGGUUAUACAUUCAGAAAUGAUGACCACAAUCUCAGCAUCUCAGGCCCUAAAUCCUCCAGAAUAGGAGUGUACCUGGAUCACAGUGCAGGUAUUCUGUCUUUCUACAGCGUCUCUGAAACUAUGACUCUCCUCCACAGAGUCCAGACCACGUUCACUGAGCCGCUCCAUGCUGGACUUUAUCUCUGUGGUCCUGAUGGAGACACAGCUGAGUUCUGUAAACUUGAGUAGUCAUUGAAGUAGCAGGGGAAAGACUGAUAUAAAAGAAAU